GAUGCUGGGAGCUGUCAGUGGAGCGAGGCGCGAGCUUCCAGCCAAGUUCUGAGCUGGGAACCCGGGCAGCCCUCGCGGGCGAAGGCUGGUCGCCCCGCUGUCACCUUCCCUAAGCCGCCUCUCGUAGACGCGCCUGCAAUGCAGAACACCGCCCACUAAGUAGCAGCACCAGGCACAGCGUUUAGGAGCUCAUCCCCUCCCUAAUCUCUGCGCCCCCAGAUUCAGGCAGAUCAUCUUAGCGGACCCAGAGCUCCAGAAAUGUUUCCUUUGAAGGAUGCAGACAUGGGUGCCUUUACGUUCUUUGCCUCAGCUCUUCCCCAUGAUGUUUGUGGAAGCAACGGACUUCCUCUCACACCAAAUUCCAUCAAAAUUUUGGGUCGCUUUCAAAUUCUUAAGACCAUCACCCAUCCCAGACUAUGCCAAUAUGUGGAUAUUUCUAGGGGAAAGCAUGAACGACUGGUGGUUGUGGCUGAGCACUGUGAGAGGAGUUUGGAAGACCUGCUCCGGGAAAGGAAGCCUGUGAGCUAUACGAAGGUUUUGUGCAUAGCAUUUGAGGUACUUCAGGGCUUACAAUACUUGAACAAGCAUGGCAUAGUACACCGGGCGCUGUCUCCUCAUAACAUUCUGUUGGAUCGAAAGGGUCAUAUUAAACUGGCUAAAUUUGGACUUUAUCACAUGACAGCUCAUGGUGAUGAUGUCGAUUUCCCAAUAGGGUAUCCUUCAUAUUUGGCACCAGAGGUAAUUGCACAAGGAAUUUUCAAAAGUACUGAUCAUGUGCCAAGUGAAAAACCAUUGCCCUCUGGCCCCAAAUCAGAUGUGUGGUCUCUUGGGAUAAUUUUAUUUGAGCUUUGUGUGGGAAGAAAAUUGUUUCAGAGCUUGGAUAUUUCUGAAAGACUAAAAUUUUUGCUUACUUUAGGCUGUGUAGAUGACACUAUAGUAGUUCUGGCUGAAGAACAUGGUUGUCUGGACAUUAUCAAGGACCUUCCUGAAAAUGUGACAAAUAUUUUGAAGAAGUGUCUCACCUUCCAUCCUUCUAAAAGGCCAACCCCAGAUGAAUUAAUGAGGGACCAGGUCUUCAGUGAAGUGUCACCUUUAUACACUCCGUUUCUCAAACCUGCCAGUCUGUUUUCAUCUUCUCUGCGAUGCGCCAACUUAACUCUGCCUGAGAAUAUUGAUGACUUGUGUAAAGUUGAUACAGACAGUGAUCACCUGGCAGAGAGAUCUAUAGAAGAGGUUUACUACCUGUGGUGUUUGGCUGGAGGUGACCUGGAGAAGGAGCUUACAAACAAGGAAAUUAUUCGAUCCAAACCACCUAUCUGCACACUCCCAAAUUUUCUCUUUGAAGAUGGAGAAAGUUUUGGGCAAGGUCGAGACAGAAGCUCACUCUUAGACGAUACCACCGUGACACUGUCCUUAUGCCAGCUAAGAAACAGAUUAAAAGAUGUUGGAGGAGAAGCUUUUUAUCCAUUACUUGAAGAUGACCAGUCGAACUUACCUCAUUCAAACAGUAAUAAUGAGUUAUCUGCAGCCGCUACCCUGCCUUUAAUCAUCAGAGAGAGGGAUACGGAAUAUCAACUAAACAGAAUUAUUCUCUUUGACAGGCUGCUGAAGGCUUAUCCCUAUAAAAAGAAUCAAAUCUGGAAAGAAGCAAGGAUUGACAUCCCUCCACUUAUGAGGGGUUUAACGUGGGCUGCUCUUCUGGGAGUAGAGGGAGCUAUUCAUGCCAAGUAUGAAGCAAUUGACAAAGACACUCCAAUUCCCACAGAUAGACAAAUUGAAGUGGAUAUACCUCGCUGUCAUCAGUAUGAUGAACUGUUAUCAUCCCCAGAAGGUCAUGCAAAGUUCCGGCGUGUACUGAAAGCUUGGGUAGUUUCUCAUCCUGAUCUUGUGUACUGGCAAGGUCUUGACUCACUGUGUGCUCCAUUCCUGUAUCUAAAUUUCAACAACGAAGCCUUAGCUUAUGCAUGUAUGUCUGCUUUUAUUCCCAAAUACCUGUAUAACUUCUUCUUGAAAGACAACUCACAUGUAAUUCAAGAGUACCUGACCGUGUUCUCUCAGAUGAUUGCGUUCCACGAUCCAGAGCUAAGUAAUCAUCUCAACGAGAUUGGCUUCAUUCCUGAUCUCUAUGCCAUCCCUUGGUUUCUUACCAUGUUCACUCAUGUAUUUCCACUGCACAAAAUUUUCCACCUCUGGGAUACAUUGCUACUUGGAAAUUCCUCUUUCCCGUUCUGUAUUGGAGUAGCCAUCCUCCAGCAGCUGCGGGACCGGCUCUUGGCUAAUGGCUUCAAUGAAUGCAUCCUUCUCUUUUCUGACUUACCAGAAAUCGACAUUGAACGCUGUGUACGAGAGUCAGUCAAUCUGUUUUGUUGGACUCCUAAAAGUGCUACGUACAGACAGCAUGCUCAGCCUCCAAAACCAGCUUCUGAGAGCAGCGGCGUCCGGAGCUCAGCACCUUACUUCUCUGUGGAUUGUACAGAUCCUCCAAAGACAGACCUGUCAAGAGAAUCCAUCACUUUAAAUGACCUAAAAUCAGAAGUAUCACCCCGGAUUUCAGCAGAGGACUUGAUUGAUUUGUGUGAGCUCUCAGUGACUGGCCACUUCAAGACCCCCACCAAGAAAACAAAGUCUAGUAAGCCAAAGCUUCUGGUGGUCGACAUCCGAAACAGUGAAGACUUUCUUCGAGGUCACAUUGCAGGCAGCAUCAACAUCCCGUUCAGCGCUGCUUUCACAGCGGAGGGAGAGCUCAGCCAGGGCCCUUACACCGCGAUGCUUCAGAACUUCAAGGGGAAGGUCAUUGUGAUCGUGGGGCACGUGGCAAAGCACACAGCCGAGUUCGCAGCUCACCUUGUGAAGAUGAAAUAUCCAAGAGUCUGCAUUCUAGAUGGUGGCAUCAAUAAGAUUAAGCCAACAGGACUCCUCACUGUCCCUUCUCCUCAGAUAUGAAGACCGUGUGCAUGGCUGACAAGGAGAGGGUGGCGUCGCCCCUAGGCACAGCUCUUCACAGGCUGUCCCCCUGAGACACAAGUGGACAUCCAGACCACUGCAGUGCUACAACGUUUUGUCAUGAAUCACUGUGUAAAUCUUUUGAGCCCAAUGUUCACCUGUCUAGGCAGGAAACUUGACUGUACAUGUAUUACUGAAGGAAUUUUCUUAAUAGUGAAAUCUGAUCAUGUAUUUUUACCCCGCUGCCACAUAAAGCCAGAGGAAUUCAGCUGACAGGGCAAAUUUAACGUUAUCAAGACUCCAAGAUGCACUGAAAAAGCUGCACCCACAGCUCUGAGCAGACUGUCCUCACAACGGGGUUCCUCUUCAUUACAGCAGCCAUUAGAAAGCUAUUCAUAAUAAAUGUGGCAUUGGUAACUCACAAA